CGGCCCGCUCGGCUCCGCGUCGGCAGCGGCGCGGUGCAGGCGCGAGGGCCGCGGCCGGGGAUGAGCUGACUGCGGCGGGAGCGUCGCCCCGGCCCCCGCGAGGCCGCCCGCCGCCCGUCGCCCGCCGCUACCAUGUCCAUCCACAUCGUGGCUCUCGGGAACGAGGGCGACGCGUUCCACCAGGACAGCCGGCCGUCGGGGCUCAUCCGCACCUACCUGGGGAGGAGCCCGCUCGUGUCGGGGGACGAGAGUAGCUUGUUGCUGAACGCCGCCAGCACGGUCGCGCGCCCGGUCUUCACCGAGUACCAGGCCAGCGCGUUCGGGAACGUCAAGCUGGUGGUGCAUGACUGUCCCGUCUGGGACAUUUUUGACAGUGAUUGGUACACCUCCCGAAACCUCAUUGGGGGUGCCGACAUCAUUGUGAUCAAAUACAGUGUAAAUGACAAGUUUUCAUUCCACGAAGUAAAGGAUAACUAUAUUCCAGUGGUUAAAAGAGCAUCAAACUCAGUUCCGGUAAUCAUUGCUGCUGUUGGUACCAGACAAAAUGAAGAACUACCUUGUACAUGCCCCCUGUGCACCUCAGACCGAGGGAGCUGCGUUACAACCACAGAAGGCAUCCAGCUUGCUAAAGAGCUGGGGGCCACCUAUCUGGAGCUCCACAGCCUCGAUGACUUCUACAUUGGAAAGUAUUUUGGAGGAGUGUUGGAGUAUUUUAUGAUUCAAGCCUUAAAUCAGAAGACAAGUGAAAAAAUGAAGAAAAGGAAAAUGACCAACUCUUUUCAUGGAAUUAGACCACCUCAACUUGAACAACCAGAAAAGAUGCCUGUCUUGAAAGCCGAAGCAUCGCACUACCAUGCUGACUUGAACAACUUGCUCUUCUGCUGCCAGUGUGUGGACGUGGUGUUCUACCACCCAGAAGUGACAGGCGUUGUGGAGGCUCACAAGAUUGUUCUCUGUGCUGUGAGCCACGUCUUCAUGCUGCUGUUCAAUGUGAAGAGUCCCACUGACAUUCAGGAUUCCAGUAUCAUCCGAACCACCCAGGAUCUCUUUGCCAUCAACAGAGAUGCUGUGUUUCCUGGUGCUAGCCAGGAAUCUCCCAGCAACCCACCACUGCGAGUCAUUGUUAAAGAUGCCCUCUUCUGCUCCUGUUUAUCAGACAUUCUGCGCUUCAUUUAUUCAGGUGCUUUUCAGUGGGAUGAGUUGGAAGAAGAUGUCAGGAGGAAGUUGAAAGAUUCAGGGGAUGUUUCUGAUGUGAUUGAGAAAGUUAAAUGCAUUUUGAAAACACCAGGAAAGAUUAAUUGCCUGAGGAAUUGCAAGACCUACCAAGCCCGAAAGCCUCUGUGGUUUUAUAAUACAUCUCUCAAGUUUUUCCUUAAUAAGCCGAUGCUUGCUGAUGUUGUCUUUGAAAUACAAGGAGCGACCGUGCCAGCCCACAGGGCCAUCUUGGUGGCACGAUGUGAGGUGAUGGCAGCCAUGUUUAAUGGUAAUUAUAUGGAAGCCAAGAGUGUCCUGAUCCCAGUGUAUGGUGUUUCCAAAGAGACUUUCUUGUCGUUUUUAGAAUACUUAUACACAGACUCUUGUUGCCCAGCUGGCAUUUUCCAGGCCAUGUGUCUCCUGAUCUGUGCUGAGAUGUACCAAGUCUCCAGACUACAGCACAUCUGUGAACUCUUCAUCAUCACACAGCUGCAGAGCAUGCCCAGCCGUGAGCUGGCCUCCAUGAACCUGGACAUUGUGGAUCUGCUCAAAAAGGCAAAGUUUCACCACUCUGACUGCCUUUCCACUUGGCUGCUUCAUUUCAUUGCCACUAACUACCUCAUAUUCAGCCAAAAGCCCGAAUUUCAAGAUCUUUCAGUGGAAGAACGAAGUUUUGUUGAAAAACACAGAUGGCCAUCAAACAUGUAUUUGAAGCAGCUGGCGGAGUACAGGAAGUAUAUCCACUCCCGGAAAUGUCGCUGUUUAGUCAUGUGACCUGAGCUUUUGUAUACAUACACUUUUAUUACUAUGAAGAAUGGGUACCCUUGGGUUCUAGUAAAAUUCAUAUGACUAAAAUCAGGAUGAGUGUUUUAAAAAUAACCAUAUAGCUUCUUACUAGUUAUCUUUGAAAGACUACAGCGGUCUUAAAAGGGAACAAAAUAUACUACCGAUUUAAUUAAUGCUUUACCUAAAAUAUAAAACUGUUGGACAGUGGGUUCUCCUUUAGGUUGCCCGAUUGUUUUAAUGACAUCAAGACUCUCCUAGUUUAAGAGAUGUUUAAUUUUAAAAAAUCAUCUAGGAUAAAUACAAAAAUAUUAUCAUGUCUGAGCGAUUGCUCUGCUAAGAUUAGGAUCAUUUAAAAGCCAAGUGUAAUGAUGGAAUCCAGAGGAGAAGUAACCAGAGCCACAUGAGAUCAUAGGAAUAGAAAUUUGCCCAAGUCUGUAACAGUCACAUCCCAGCUGGUUCCAGUUCAGUAAGAGUUUGAAUCAAUAUGAUGAAGAACAAAUGACUGAUCUGGACCAUCCAACCACUUCUGCCUGUUGAUCAGGCUGCACACUAAGCAGGGCUGGAAGUUAUUUAUCUCUGUGUGACCUCUGGAGUCUGCCAGCUCCAAACUUAGAAGGGCCUGCUAGUUAGUUUAGUGCUCUGCUGGUGCUGCUGUUAAAUUCUUAAAGACGUUUGAAGAAGGGCUUCAUAGUUUCACUUUUCACUGGCUCCCCCAACAGCAGAAAAAUGCUGUUUUGUUUUGUUUUGUUUUUCCCCCUUUCUUUUUUUUUUUUUUCCUCUUGUUGUUGUUUUGUUUUUUCGAGACAGGGUUUCUAUGUGUAACAGCUCUGGCUGACCUGGAACAGACAGACCAGGCUGGCCUCAAAUCCACAGUCAUCUGCCUGCUUCUCCUUCCAGAGUGCUGGGAUUUAAGGUGUGUGCCACCAUGCCUGGCUGAAAAUGCUUUGUUCUUGCUCAAACAUUAUUCUCUGUGGAAGCAGAAAGAGUUGCUGAUAGCCAGGAGACAGCACGUGGCGUGUUGCCCACAAGAGCAGAGUGGAGACUCUAACUUUGGGGAAGCGUGUACCCUAGUGCCUCCACACCACCCUUCCUUGGCGGGAAGAAAUGCUGAAACACUUCUUGGUUUUGGAAUACUCCCUCAGUUCUUGCUCUACCCCAGAAGAGCAAAUACUUUCUUGAUCAUUAUGUAAUGCCAGGAAGCUGGUAAGAGUGACUGAGUAUCCACAGUUGGAAAGAUAAUCACAGCAAUUGAUGCCUUCUGAGACUUGGGCACAAACACUUAAAAAUUCUUUCCUCUAAGUAGAUCUAUUAAGAUUACGAUACCAAUGGCUUGAACUGAGGUUUUUUUCCAAGGACUGAUAGGCUACUUGGUAUGAAGUAGCAAGGCUCCGAGGAAGGUAUAAGAAAGGAUGUAAAUCAAAGAUGUAGAGACAAUGAUGACUGGGAUAGAAGGCAGAGUUUUUCUCAUACCUUAUAUUUGCAGAAAUGAUUCUGUAAGAUGCUCAGAAGCUUGGGCAUGGGAAAAACAGGCUAGUAUUUAUUAAUAUCAUAGUCAUCUGAAAUUUAGUACUGGGAUAUAUUUUUCUAAUUUCUAGUGAUUUUAGUAUGCAUAUUUUUUCUAACUUUUCAAAAGUUUGAUUCAACAGUCUUAUCAUGUAGUGUUAGGAUUUUAUGCAUACAAUACUGUCAGAAUAAAGGGGAAAGAAUGCCUGUAGAUAGAAUCCCAAGAAAGCUCAUUUUAGUUGUACUGUGUCAAUGAAGGUUGCUGGAAUGCAUUUUGUCUUUUGCAUUUUAAUCAGUUGAGUUAAUCAACUAUUGGCAAAUUCCACAUGGCAGCUUAGCAUUGUAAAGAACAGAUGCUGUAGCUGAUGCCUAGAAGCUGCUCUGCUUUCUCAGAUCCCGUGGUGGCCUUUCGAUACUCAAAAGCAUAUGCCCACCCUCUUGUUAUUGACAGCAUUUAAAAUUCUAACAUUUUAGGAAAUUGAAAAAUAUGAGUUGCAAAACAAAGUAUUUUCUUGGAAAUAUUAUUUUAACAUUUAAAUAGAUCAUAACUCAGGAUGUUUCUCCUGAGUAGGAGUUGAGUCUGGAAACUGGUGGUCUUGUAAGUUAAACAUGUAGGGCUUAUUCUGGAAGGUCAGAACAAGUCACUACCUGUGAGUGACUGGGAAAGCCAUGUGGUAGAGUAUAAAUGAGUUCUUAAACAUUUGAAUACAGACUCCUCAGUAGUAUUGAAUUGGAAGUAAUAGGAAAUUUCAAAUACUUUUAAAUGAUCUUGGGUAAAUUAGUGCUGGUUGUGAGGGUUGUGACGGCUGUGUGCUUUGUUAUAAUUUCUGCUUCAAUUUCCAGCAGGCAUUUUGCUGAGAAAGGACGCCGUGUAGUAGAACUAAGGCUUCUUCUUCCAGGGCCAGGUUUGCAGCUUAUUGUGCAUCCUCUGCAUGCUGCUGACCACUUCCUUCCUGUUCCUCCUGCAAGGGACUAGAUUUCUAAUGGAGAGCAUUGGCAUGGUAGCUGAAGCCCUCUCAUGUGCAAGCCACACUGGGGCUUCAUAUUGAGUGGUGGAAGACUGAGAAAUCUGAUGAAUUAGACUUCCAAAAUGGCCAAACUUCAACUGUAAUUUUACAAAUGAUGCUACACUGAGAUGGCCAAUUAGAUUUAAAACGUCUUCAAAAUUAUUUUAUUUAAAGCAUCUGUUUAAUUAAACUUGUAAUCAGAUUUUUCACAGGGUAUGUAUGUAUUUUAAUAUAGCCUGACUUGAAUUUGUAUGUUUUUAGCUUUAGUAUUUAACAUUUUAUAACAAAUAAACCAUUUUUAAAAAAAACAA